UCAGUUGAACAAAUCAAAAUAAAACUUUUGUUAAAAAUAUAAAAUAAAAACACAAAACUGGCCAUCCCCUGAAACUGGAUUUGUUUGAUCCACAUUCGUGAUCUCCAAGCUCACAUUCGUGAGUCAACGUCCUCGGCACAUGCCGAAAAAAUCGCACAGGGGCGUCCGUUCAGGGGGAGGCUGCACUGUGCCCGGGUCUCUUAUCGCCAUAUAAAAGCACAUCCCCAGCCCCGAGUGCACUCCAGUCCCAGAUACAGAUACGCAUCCGCGAGAUGUCGUUCGUCGCCGAAGGAGCCUGCCACAAUUCCACGCCGGACUGGAGCGCCCAGUGCCCCUCUCCGGCCACGGGCUUGUUCGCCGGAAUGGUCAGCCUGCUGGUGCAGUCCCUCCUCUCCGCCCAGUGCCAGGUCUCGCCGCCCAGCCUCUGGCCCGAGGACUACUCCGGCCCGCUGGAGCAGCCCUACGAUAUGGUGGUGAUUGGAGCGGGAUCUGCCGGCUCUGUGGUGGCCAGCCGGCUCAGCGAGAAUCCCCACUGGCGGGUACUGGUCCUGGAGGCUGGCGGAGAUCCCCCCGUGGAAUCCGAGCUCCCAUCGCUGUUUUUUGGACUGCAACAUACGGAUUUUGUGUGGAACUACUUUGUGGAGCGGAGCGACGCCUCCUGCCGGGGCAUGAAGGACGAGCGCUGCUACUGGCCGCGAGGCAGGAUGCUGGGCGGAUCGGGGGCCGCGAACGCCAUGCUGUACGUGCGAGGAAACCGCCAGGACUUUGAUGGGUGGGCGGCCUUGGGGAAUACGGGGUGGAGCUACGACGAGGUCCUGCCCUUCUUCGAGAAGUCGGUGACCCCGCAGGGAAAUGCCAGUCACCCGAGGGGCUACGUCAGCCUGAACCCGUUCGAGCGCCAGGACGAGGACAUACACCAGUUGAUCCUGGCCGGAGCCGGGGAGCUGGGACUUCCGUAUGUCAAGUCCUUUCAGGAGGGCAGCGAGACGGGAUAUUCCGACGUGCCGGGCACCAUUCGAGAUGGCCACAGGAUGAGCACGGCCAAGGGCUACUUGGGAGCAGUAUCCGCCAGUCGUCCUAAUCUGCAUGUCCUUAAGAACGCCCAGGUCACCAGGAUCAACGUCCAAGGAGACCGCGUGGUUUCAGUGGAUUUUGUGAGAAGAGGACGCGAGGAGAGGGUGUUCGUUAAAAAGGAAGCCAUCCUCUCCGCAGGAGCCAUCGAUUCGCCAGCUCUGCUCCUUCGGUCUGGCAUAGGUCCUGCGCAGGACCUCCAGGACCUGAGCAUCCCGCUGCAACUGGAUCUACCAGGCGUCGGGAAGAACCUGCAAGAUCACGUGGUGAUUCCCGUUUUCCUGCGACUCGACGAGGGACAGGCUCCCUUGCCCAAGGAGCAGGACAUGCUGGACGACAUCUACCAAUACCUGAUGCAUCGGCGCGGUCCUUUGGCCACCCACGGGCCGACCUCUCUGGUGGCCUUUGUCAACACGAACACGAGCAACCAGAGUCCCUAUCCGGACACGGAGUUCCAUCACUUGUUCUUCCGCCGCGGACGGCACGACAUGCUGAACAUUUUCACGCAGGGCCUGUCCUUCCAGGACCAGUACAUAGAGCAGUUGCAGGACUACCUGAAGGACUCGCACUUGCUGUGCGUCUUCGUGCUGCUCUCGCAUCCCCUGGCCAGGGGCGAGGUGCGUUUGAGGAGCACGGAGGUGGGAGAGAAGCCCAUUCUGAUCAGCAACUAUCUGACAGAAGCGCAGGACGUGGAGACCCUGCUCCGAGGGAUUAGAUAUCUAGAGACCCUGGUGCAGACUAGCUCCUUCCAAAACCACCUGGCCGACAUAGCCCAUGUGGCCAUCGAGGAGUGCGAUGUCCUGCCGUAUCGCAGCGACGACUACUGGAAGUGCUACGCCAAGUACUUCAGCAUUACGUGCUACCACCAGUCGGGUUCCGUGAAAAUGGGUCCUUCGAAGGACCACGAGGCCUGCGUGGAUCCCCGACUGAGGGUGUAUGGAUUGGAGAACCUCCGGGUGGCGGAUGCCAGCAUCAUGCCGGCGGUAGUCAGCGCCAACACGAACGCCGCCACCGUGAUGAUCGGAGAGCGGGCGGCGCAGUUCAUUCGCGAGGACUGGCACGUCGACGAGAAUCCCGCUUGGGAAUUCCAGUCACACCUCGGCACUCCGGAGACUUGUCAGCAAGACGUCGAUUGAUCCACCACUGGAGGGUCUUUCAUAAAUCAACGAUAGGCCCGAUAACGAUAUGCAAUUGCUCUUAAUUGCAGGAUAGGGGACAUUUGUUAUGGAAGUGUUAUGAUUAUGGGCUAAUAACCCGCUUUUU